AUGAAGACCAACGGACACAGGAUCACGACGGUGGGCGCCGAAAUAGACAGGUUCUCGUUCAGGAACAAUUACCCGCAAAGGUACGAGAAGUGCAAGAACAAGCUGAUCGUGGUCAUGAUGGCCGUGUUCGGCGCGUACAGCAUGACCAACGGCGAGAGGGUGGUCUACAAGAACCAGUUCGGAAACAGCAUCAGGGGGAUGAUUGCCUCCAGCCAAUCUUUGUUCAAAACAACCCGCAGUGGCAUCGUGCCAGUUCUCUACGAUGAGAAAUAA